AUUUUCUACUCGCCACGUCAGCAAAAUCUGUUUCCGAAUUCCUGAAAUCCGUCAUCCAGCCCUUAAAAUUUCCUGAAGUAGACGACAAUUUCAAUUUGAAAAGGAGCGGCUACGGCCUCUUUCUCAGUCUUCACUCUUCAGCUCUUCAGCUCCCAGCACCUUCAAACUUUCUUCACAACCUUUUUGAAUCUGAGCUGUGAAUUCCAUCAUUGUUUUUAAGUAAGAAUCAGAGUUUUUACUUUUCCUCGUCAGGAAGUUCAGGCUUUCAACAAUGUCGAGAGAUGCUUCAAGUUCUCGAUUCGUUUCCCAAGAUGCGUGGCAUGAAGCGAACGAGAACGAGUUCGAAUGCUCGCUGAAUCAAGCUCAUUUUCAUCCUCCGAGAACUCCUCUCAACGCAAUCGCAGAUCCAUCUCAGUGCCAGAAAGAGAAGCAAAGCCAAGAAUGCGAUGCCGAUUCAAAAGAUAAAUACGAAUCUGGUAAAAUGCAUCAUCAUCGACUAUCAAAUGGAAAAUCCGGGAUGUUAAACCUGAAUCUGAGCAUUGCUACUCAGAGAGGGAUGAGUCGCCACGGAAAGGUACAUUCCGAGCCGAAUUCAGCACAGAGUACGCCAACGAGGAGUAGUUCAAGAGUUUCUGCUGUGAGUAGAGUCUCCCAGGUGAUCGGAAGGAGAGUCGAAGUGAACGCCGGCUCCUCUUCUAGAGUCUCGAGAGGGAUUUCAAUGAUCGAUAAUUCUGAUUUGUCCAAUGACGUUCCACAUCUCGAGCUGGAUGAAGAUCCUUUGUUUUGGACUGAUCACAUUAAUGUCCAGGUCUAUAAAUUAAUUACACUCCGGUUAUUAUUUUAAGUUAGCAACUAACAACAAAGACGGAAAACAUGAGUUAUUUAUUGGCAUAAAUAUGACAUAAGGAC